AUGCAAAAACUUGAUACUCCAAGUAUAUUCAUUGUCUCGAAUUACUUUGACUCGAUAAGUGACUUUAUCGCACUCGAGAGAGUUUGUAAACGGUUCAAAGAUUUUACAGAAUGCUACCACUUUAACCCAAUUCCGCUUACUAAGCGCGCGCUGAAGUGCUUUAAUACAAUUGAGACGCUCAACAUUUGGGACAAAACAAAUGAACUUUUGACUUUUCGUCUUGACAAGCGACCGAAGCCAAAUAAACUACUGAAAAACAUUGAUAAAGUAGUUGUGUGGUAUUCUAUUUCAUAUAAAGAGAGUCUCAAAUACAAAACAAAGAACGUUAUAUUUAAGAAAAUUUCAUUUACCUUGGAUGAUAGAAAGCAUUAUGGCAAUAUUGUUCCUGGCGGUGUUGAUGAAAUUGGGGAGAAAUGUUUCAAGUCCUGUGAUGUUAUUAGAGAGAUGGUAAUUCCCCAAAAAGUCAAAGUUAUUGGUGCUAAUAGCUUUGAAAAUUGUGUUUGUUUAACUAAAAUGAACUUGUCUACAACCGUGCAAGACAUUGGCGUGUCAUGUUUCAGUGGAUGUCAGUGGCUUCGCGUUAUCAACUUCCCGGAGAGUGUUCGGAACAUUGGUGUCAAUUGUUUCCAAACAUGCACUUCACUGAGUUACAUCAAUCUACCAACAAGCUUGAGCAAUCUUUCAAAUUCAUGUUUUUCAGAUUGUUCUUCUCUAUCACAAAUAUAUAUCCCACCAACCAUGUUAUCCAUAGGGUGGAAUUGUUUCUAUUACUGCACGAGUUUGAGUGCUAUCGAUGUACCCAAAAACGUCACUUCUAUAGGCAAUCGAUGUUUUUUCAAUUGUUAUUCAUUGAGUAAAGUAAACAUUGUAGGGGAAAUCAGUGAACUUGGCGAUUAUUGUUUCUAUGGGUGUGAAAAACUCACAAAAAUAACAUUACCAACUAGUCUAAAAAUUAUCGACAAAUUCUGCUUCGAAAAGUGUAAAAGCCUCAAAACAAUAGAACUUCCAGAAUCACUCGAGACGAUCGGAGAAAAUUGUUUCUCAGACUGUUUUACACUCUCAACCAUCACAAUUCCAAUCCACGUGACUAAAGUGAACGACAGCACCUUCAAAAACUGUUACAAACUCCGAACAAUCAAAAUCUUGGGCAACACAAGUUCUUAUGGAGACUUCGCUUUUUCAAAUUGCUCGUCAUUGCAAAAUGUGGAUUUGCCACAAAACGUCACCACAAUUGGAAAUUUUUGUUUUUCAAAUUGUCUUUCAAUCAAUACUGUUGUCCUUCCCAAAACCACAAAAUUUUUUCCGUUGAGUUUUAGUCAGAACAUAGCAAUCGUGAAAAGAGAAGAGUUGUAA